AGACGCAGCUGUGGAGGAGGUUAAUGACAGUUACGAGUACUUCCUCGAGCUCGCUUAUGCCAAGGAGGUGGAGGCUGACGCGUACCUGCAGGAUGAGGAUGGCCUAGAGGACGGGCCCCUAGAAGAGGAGAUAGACAGGACGGAAGUUUUUACAGAAGAGCCGAGCAUCAUCUACACCGCCCAGUGCCUUUUCCCUCGCACCGGCUGGUCAAAUGUAUACAGGGGAAGCGGCGUGUCCUGCGUGGUGGAGGGCCUGUGUCCGGGGCAGGAGGUCACCGUCAGAGUCAGGGCGUCCGAGGAAGGUAGCGUCUCGCCCUGGUCGACGAUCACGCUCAAGACGAAGAACGUCCCCGGAAGCGGCCACGACCUGGUGGAGGCGGUGAGGGAGAACAGUGCCACGCUCGUCCGAGAAGCCCUGGCCGAGCUCACGAAAUUCUCACAGCUGGAGCGGAUGGACCACGUGGUCGAGGAGGGACACACAGCCCUGGUCGCGGCGGUGAUGGCGGGAUCACGUGACGGCCUCGCGGUACUGCUGGAGCGGCGAGCAGGGGUGGCCGCGCCCACGCCCGGCCCACACCUCACGCCCCUCAUGCUGGCUGCCUGGCUGGGCCACGCCGAGCUAGCGCGAAGGCUGCGCGCUGCAGGGGCUUCCUGGAAUACGGUAGACAGGAGUGGCAUGACGGCGCUGCAUUACGGCGUAGCAGGGCGGCAGCUGGAGCUGGUGACGGCGGCGUUGCAAGAUGGUGCCAGCCCCACGAUGCCGGCCGGACCGCACUCCGUCCUCACGCUCGUCGUCAUCGCCAGCUACGCCGCCGCGCCCUCUCCCAGGAGGACGGGGGCGGCCGGAACGCAGCUCGUAACGGAGCAAUGUUCCCGGGUGAUGGAGUUCCUGGUGAGGGCCGGCGCUCAGGUGAACCAGCGGGGGGCGGGGGGCAACGCGGCACUCCAUGUGGCCCUCACCCUAGGCCAAGCCAGGCUGGCCCGAAAACUAGUGGAAUUGGGCGCCGACUCCCAACUCGUGAACGGCCGGGGUUACUCGCCCUCUCACCUGGCCAAGUUGUCAGGCCAUUCCCUUGACACAAGUACUCCCAGAGAUGAAGACCGGCCUCCAAUGGGCGAAUUGGAAGCCCUCACCCACUUAAUGGAUGACAUCUCAUCCGCGUGAUGCUGUUUCAUCCACUUAUAUCGCUGCAAUCCAUCUUCCUCUGCCAUAUUGGAUAGGUUAGACUCGACUUGUCCGAAUCUGUUGAUUUAUUGUAUCAAAUCGGUUUAUAUUCAACUGUAAGGUAAUAAUAUAUUUUUAAAAUGUCGAUAUCUGAUUAACAUUUAAACUCAAAAUAAGAUGUUUUAAUCUCUAAUGUUCGUUGUAAUAGGCCUGUUAGCAUCGUUUAUUGUCGUUUAAAAAGUGUUAUUUACAGAAUGAAUAUUGAUAGUUACCAGAUUUCAUCAGUUUAUAAAUGUUAUCACUUUUGAAUCUCGCUCAUUGUUAAACUUUAUUAAAAAGAUCUAAAGCC